AUGCAGGUCACCAUAUCCCUGCUCCCUGUUUCCCUCUCUCUCGUCCAUAUCCCCAGGUCUCGUCUAGACUCUCUUUCUCAUCCCGUUCUCAGGCAGCUUCUCCAUCCAAACCCGGCUUUUCUCAACAUUACAUGCAAUGAAAUAGAGCUCAGUGUCUUCGCCGAGCACCAUAUGCUACACGACUUUGAUCCAAUAGCUCGCAAGGAUCGCCAAAGGCAGCGUUCCAGGUCCGGAUCAAAUUCUAGUCGAAAGGGUGCCCCUCAGACUACCCCUGCCUAUGAGCCUGUCGAGAUCUCGUAUGAGAAAUGGAGUGUUCUGCAGAUUGACUCACACAGUGACCGCAUGGACAAUUCGGGUACUCGCGUCUAUGAUCUCUCUGCCCCACUUGCCGCUGCCGGGAUCUCCAUCUUAUACCAAUCCUCAUACAUGAGUGACUUCAUAUUCGUUAAGGAAUCGCGUCUUCAAGAAGCGAUGGAACUUUUUGCAUCCGCAGGGUUCCACCUCUAUGCCUCCGACUGCAACCCAUCUCUGUCGCCGUCUGUCUCACCAAGCAGCGAUGAAUACUCCAUUGCAGCCUCCCUCCCUCCUGCAAGCCGCAGUGCGGGUACCGUUUUAACUCGCAACAUAAGUGAUGUGGAUGUUUCACGUCCUCUUGCAAGUCAGGAAAAAUCCUCCGCAGAUACAGGCCCACAAUCAUCCAGGAAUAAGUCUCAUUCACCAUCCUCAGGUGAGGUCAAAAUUCUACGACCUAAUUUGGCGUGUGUUGGACUCUCCGAGGAAUUUGGUGUUGAUCAUUGGGGACUGAAACUCAUUAAAUUGGUUGCAUUUCCGGAUCUCAUUCCCCCCUCGCCUCGCAAAUCGUUGUCCUCAAGAUCCGAAAGCGCCACUGCUUUUUCUAUCAGCUCUCCCCCUCUGGAUCUUAAUAUUGCGUCAUUGUUUCUUAGCGGUCUACAAUCCGACUCUUCAUCCUCGUCUUCAAGUGACGACGAUGGCUACUUUUCUCACUCCCCACAAAAUAUCUCAGCAACUACCCUGACAGUCAACGCCUCCCGCUCACAUUCUGAUUUGCGUUCAUCGACUUAUAGUCCGUCCGUAUAUCACUCCCCCUCCAAGCAUCAUAUGUCACAUAUCAGUUCACUUUCACAAAGUACUCCAAAGGCUCAUUUGCCACCUCUUCAUACACAGUCCACCCUCCAUGCCCCAGCCAAACGAUCAGAACAUGUUGUUCCAUUCUUUAGUUUUACUCGAACACCCGAAGGGUCUUCACUGACUGCCGAUGUCAACGUUUUAGCUAAGCUCUUUCCCCCGCAUGAACGACAUAUGGUUAUCUGUAGUGGUGAACUAGAUGCAGCAGACCUUCGAAUGGAAGAAGGGGCGGACUCGUCGGAUGAGGAUGAUGAAGUUGACGAUGCAUCACCGAGAAGCAGCAACUCACUCAAAUGCCUUCAAAUCGACUUGCGGCGCUUUGGUCUUGACAAACAUGGCCUUGUCAACCGUUUUUCAAGGGUGCUAGAGGAGAGUGGCAUCAACCACAUGUAUAGCUCCACGUUCAAAACGGCCAAUUUACUGGUCGAUAAAAGAGAUGCACUAUGUGCACAAAGUCUGUUGAGAUCAUGCUAA